AUGCCUGAAGAAUGGAGUCUAGGCAAUAACAAUAACAAGAACAACAAGGUUGACGCACUACAUGAACAACAACCGAAUGAUUUAGUUUAUAGACUACAAGAACAAGUUGAGGAACAAAGAAAAGAGAUUGAUAGAUUGAAGUUAUAUAGUGCAAUAUUGGAGACAAAGUUCCAACAGAUGGGUUUCGAUGAGAUGGAUUGGGCUUGUGAGAAUGACCAAAGAGGUGGCGACAAACAUGAUGAUGUGGUGACUGAGCGAGUACUCAGUGUCGAGUCAUUCAUGAACAUACAAGAGACAAGACUGGCCACGCAUACCAAGCUCAAGUCAACAUGCUUCAACAAGGACAUCAGCGAGAACCCUGUCAAACUCAUGUGCUCCUCAUUCAAAGCCGGUUCAUUCAAGACAAAGUAUGUGCCGUCGCUUCUGGAGCGUCCACUGGAGCCAUCAAGCAUUGUACCCGGUGGCAUAUUCAAUCAUUAUGCGCAUACAUAUCACUGGUUUGACGAGGUCUAUCUAGACUAUCCAAACAUUGGUCCAAGCUUUGGCAGUAGCUGGGGCGACUUCAACAACGACGGCUAUCCCGACCUCUAUGUAAACAAUCACUAUUGGGCGCCAUCACUCUACCUCAAUCUCAAGAAUGGUACAUUCAAGAACAUUGUAUUCGAUGUAAUACCAACAUUAAAUGAAACAAAGAAACACUUCUUGGACAAGCAUGGAGGCGCUUGGGCUGACUUUGAUAAGGAUGGCCAUUUGGAUUUGUUUGAGGUCACUGGUGCAAAGUAUGGCACCGCUGCAAUACCAAACAAUUUGUACAGAAAUAUAAAUGGAACUCUUGUCGAUGAAGCUACCAUUCGCAAUGUCGAAUAUCCAUACGCUAGAGCAAGAACAAUAUCAUGGUUGGACUAUAACAAUGAUGGACAUCUCGAUGCAUUCAUUGCCACACAGAUGAGAAAUGAUGGCAAGGGUAAACCUGUCCUAUUAUACCAACAUCCAAGCAACAACACAUUCAUGGAUGUUAAUCAAGAUGUAGGCAUGCAGGUGGACUCUAAUGUUAUGUUUGCUAAGAUGUUGGACAUUGAUAAUGAUGGAGUGUUGGAGUUGUUCAUCGUGGCAUUUACAUUCCCUUUCAAGGUCUAUCACACAAGUAGUACACCAUUUGAAGACGUCACCAAUCAGCUGUUCAAUAUCAAUCAUACAAAGAUGCAAGAGCAUUAUAAAGAGGUCAAGGAAGCACAUGCUGACGCUUCCUCUUGGCUGCCUCCACAUCCAUCCACUGGAGUCUACGCUAUAAUCAGCGACUUGGCCUUUGGAGACCUUGAUGGCAAUGGUUGGCAGGACAUUAUAAUCGCUCGCAACUUCUUUGGAGAAUGCAUCAUUGAUGUAUUCUACAAUCAAGGUUAUACCAACACAUCAAAGAACAAGUUAGAGUGGGAUAUUGUGGAGCUACACAGGAUCAAGGGGGUGUCAUGUGGAUCAUUGGUUGUGGCUGACUUUGACAACAAUAUGGCGUUGGAUAUAUUCUUGGUCACUUAUGCAUCGUACUCAAAUUCGCCAAAUGUGUUGUUGGUCAAUACUGGCGAAGGCAGAAAGUUUAUGAUCAAGGAGGAUGGCGGUGGUGCCGCUGGCAGCACAUUUGGAAAGGGCGAGAGUGUCUCAGUGGCCGACUACGACCUGGAUGGGAAGCUCGACUUGUUCAUCACAAACGGCAAGGGAUCUCCACCCUUUGACAUUGGACCCUUCCAACUGUUUAAGAACAACAAUGCCUUCCCACGCAAUUGGAUACAGGUUGACAUUGUUGGCAUCACGGAGAAUCCCCAUGGCUUUGGUGGCAGGGUGUUCUUGAAGGCAUGUGGCACGACACAGUUCAGAGACAUUGACAAUGGCGUUCACUUUAUCGCGCAGAACUCAUUCCGCGUGCACUUUGGAUUAGGUGCAUGCAAGCGAAUCAAUGAGCUCAAGGUCUGGUGGCCGCGCUCCAAGAUAUUCCAAACCGAGUUGGACGUUGCAAUCAAUCAAGUGUUUGUAUUCGUAGAGAAUAUAAGUAUUAAACAGCAACGGCUACACUAG